AGUUUUAGACAUAAACAGAAUUUAACUAAGCACAUGAGGAUUCACACUGGUGAAAAGCCGUUUUCAUGUGGGAACUGUGGAAAAAGUUUCGGUCGAAAAGAGUAUUUAACUCAGCACAUGAGGAUUCACUCUGGUGAAAAGCCGUUUUCAUGUGGGAACUGUGGAAAAAGUUUUAGACAUAAAUAUAGUUUAACUCUGCACAUGAGGAUUCACACUGGUGAAAAGCCGUUUUCAUGUGUGAACUGUGGAAAAAGUUUUAGUGAAAAAACGGCAUUAACUCAGCACAUGAGGAUUCAUUCUGGUGAAAAGCCGUUUUCAUGUGUGAACUGUGGAAAAAGUUUUAGUAAAAAACAGAAUUUAACUCAGCACAUGAGGAUUCACACUGGUGAAAAGCCGUUUUCAUGUGUGAACUGUGGAAAAAGUUUUAGUGAUAAAACGGCAUUAACUCAGCACAUGAGGAUUCACACUGGUGAAAAGCCGUUUUCAUGUGGGAACUGUGGAAAAAGUUUCGGUCGAAAAGAGUAUUUAACUCAGCACAUGAGGAUUCACAUUGGUGAAAAGCCGUUUUUAUGUGUGAACUGUGGAAAAAGUUUUAGUGAAAAACAGAAUUUAACUAAGCACAUGAGGAUUCACACUGGUGAAAAGCCGUUUUCAUGUGUGAACUGUGGAAAAAGUUUUAGACAUAAAUAUAGUUUAACUCUGCACAUGAGGAUUCACACUGGUGAAAAGCCGUUUUCAUGUGUGAACUGUGGAAGAAGUUUUAGUGAAAAACAGAAUUUAACUAAGCACAUGAGGAUUCACACUGGUGAAAAGCCGUUUUCAUGUGUGAACUGUGGAAAAAGUUUUAGUCAAAAACAGGAUUUAACUCAGCACAUGAUGAUUCACUCUGGUGAAAAGCCGUUUUCAUGUGUGAACUGUGGAAAAAGUUUUAGACAUGAACAGCAUUUAACUCAGCACAUGAGGAUUCACACUGGUGAAAAGCCGUUUUCAUGUGUGAACUGUGGAAAAAGUUUUAGUCAAAAACAGGAUUUAACUCGGCACAUGAUGAUUCACACUGGUGAAAAGCCAUUUUCAUGUGGGAACUGUGGAAAAAGUUUUAGACAUAAACUGGAUUUAACUCGGCACAUGAGGAUUCACACUGGUGAAAAGCCGUUUUCAUGUGUGAACUGUGGAAAAAGUUUUAGUCGUAAACAGCAUUUAACUAAGCACAUGAUGAUUCACACUGGUGAAAAGCCAUUUUCAUGUGUGAACUGUGGAAAAAGUUUUAGUGAAAAAUGGGCAUUAACUCAGCACAUGAUGAUUCACUCUGGUGAAAAGCCGUUUUCAUGUGUGAACUGUGGAAAAAGUUUUAGUGAAAAACAGAAUUUAACUAAGCACAUGAGGAUUCACACUGGUGAAAAGCCGUUUUCAUGUGUGAACUGUGGAAAAAGUUUUAGUCAAAAACAGGAUUUAACUCAGCACAUGAUUUUUCACUCUGGUGAAAAGCCGUUUUCAUGUGUGAACUGUGGAAAAAGUUUUAGUCAAAAACAGAAUUUAAGUCGGCACAUGAGGAUUCACACUGGUGAAAAGCUGUAGAAGUAUUUUCCGUACAUGUCCUAUGUUGAGGUUCACUAUAGAUUUGAUUUUGUUAAAAACUAGAAUGAAAGACUGGAGGGGUUUCAUGUCUAUAAAGCUGAAAAUUUUAGUAUUUAAAUGUGAUCAUAUGGACGUUGUGCAACCAUCCAACAAUAAUGAUAAACUGUAUGUUAUUGUACUUAUAUACUGUUUAUAUCAGACUGUAUGUUGUGUUUGUACAACGUGAAGAGCAAAAGCUCAGCUCAGAGCCCUGAGGAGAGCCAGUACUGAUGCUGAUAGAUGAAGAGACAUUGUGGUCCAUUGUGACUAAUUUCAUGCAUUAACAGAGUUUGACUGGACAUGGACUCCCUUCCAGAACAUUCUCACAAGAUUGGACUUGAGGGAUUGAUUUGUAUUAUUCUAUUAUGUAUAGAGAAAGUGUGAGGGAUGGAUGUUGUUUAUCUCAAUACACUUAUAAUCAAAA